UUCUAUUCUCCGGGCGCGCUAAUGCCCCACAUAACAGGAAAUGAUUUGGUCAUCUAAAGAUCAAAUAUAACUGGACUGCUGUUGGUGUUAUCGUUUUAUCUGCCCAGCGAGUCUCGGUGUGUGGAGGGAGGCGCGGAGCAACAUCCAGAGAACUACACAGAGAGGGGGGAAUUGAGUUACAUCGCAAUUACGCUUUUCUUGCAAAACGGCGUAUUUCUGCGGGCAGCGGACACACACACACACACACACACACACACACACACACACACACACACACACACAUCAAAACCUGAGCCAAACUAACUGAGAAUUUAUUUCAGGGCUGGACAACAGGGAGCACACAGAUAACCAGUGUGUAUACGCAGCAGCGUGGCUUUCAAAGCCCAAACUGUGUGUGUGUACAUAUACACACUUGUGCGAGAGCCGGGGGCACACACACUAUAUAUGUGUAUGUGAGACGAGGAGAAGCUAAGUGGCUACCACAACCAACCAGAUCAGAAGAUGGAUUAGAGCCCCACACCUCAGGAGAUCAAAGGUGGCUGUGACAGGGGCACCCCCGGGGCAGGACCCAUGAGGAGUCAUAGAAGAUGCUCACAGCCUGGGCGCUUCUGCUCUUCUUAGCCAUGUGGGUGAGAAGCACCUCUGGUGGCCCGCUCUCCUUCAGAAUAGCUGCCAUCCUUGAUGACCCUAUGGAGUGCAGCAGAGGAGAGCGUUUGGCCAUCACGCUGGCCAAAGACAGCAUCAACAGGAGCAGUAACCGUUCCACCACUGGCAAGCUGGAGGUGGACAUCUUUGAACUGCUACGAGACAGUGAAUAUGAGAUGGGGGAGACAAUGUGCCAGAUCAUGUCGAAAGGGGUGGUGGCAGUCCUCGGUCCCUCUGCCAGUCCAGCCUCCAACUCCAUCAUCAGCAAUAUCUGUGGAGAGAAGGAGGUACCCUAUGUCAAGGUUGCUCCAGAGGACAUUCUGAAGGUUCAGUUCCCCCGGUUUACCACUCUGGACCUGAGGCCAACUAACACCGACAUCAGCCUGGCUGUGGCCGGCCUUCUCACCUUCUUUAACAGCACCACCGCCUGCCUCAUCUGUGCACAGGCUGACUGCUUAUUGAACCUGGAGCAGCUCCUCAGGCAGUUCCUCAUCUCUAAGGAGACUCUGUCAGUGCGCAUGCUUGAUGACAGCAACGACCCGACCCCGCUCCUGAAAGAGAUCCGAGAUGACAAGACUGCCACUAUUAUAGUCGAUGCCAAUGCCACCAUGUCACAUAUCAUUUUGGAACGGGCAUCAGAGCUGGGGAUGCUGUCAGUCUACUACACUUACAUCUUCACCUCUCUGGAAUUCUCUUUACUCCGACUGGACGACGUGGUCGACCAACGAGUCAACAUAGUCGGUUUUUCAGUCUUCAACAACACUCAUCCCUUCUUCCAGGAUUUUGUGCUAAGCCUCAACCGCUCCUGGCAAGAGAACUGUGACCAUGCACCCUUCGCUGGCACCCCACUCUCCUCGGCUCUGCUCUUUGAUGCAGUAUACGCGGUGGUGGCGGCGGUCCAGGAGUUGAACCGUAGCCAGAAUGUUGGCGCCACGCAGCUCUCCUGCAAGUCCUCCAAGAUCUGGGAGCAUGGCACCAGCCUCAUGAAUUACCUGAGGAUGGUAGAACUGGAAGGUCUAACAGGCCACAUUGAAUUCAACAGCAAAGGUCAGAGGUCUAACUACGCCCUGCGGAUCAUGCAGAACAGCAAGGAUGGCCUAAGGCAGAUUGGCCUAUGGCACUCUGAAGAUGGACUGUCCAUGGAGAGAAAGCUUCCAUCAAUCAAUGUGACGGACACCCUCUUCAACACGACUCUUACCAUCACAACAAUAUUAGAGAAUCCAUAUGUGAUGCUGCGGCAGAACCACCAAGACCUGGAGGGAAACGACCGCUACGAAGGCUUCUGCGUGGACAUGCUAAAGGAGCUGGCAGAUAUCCUCAAGUUCAAGUACCGCAUCAGGCUGGUGGGCGACGGACUGUACGGGGUUCCUGGGGCCAAUGGAACAUGGACCGGCAUGGUCGGAGAGCUCAUCUCAAGGAAAGCUGACCUGGCAGUCGCGGGCCUCACUAUCACAGCAGAGCGUGAAAAGGUCAUCGACUUCUCCAAGCCCUUCAUGACCCUCGGCAUCAGCAUCAUGUACCGUGUCCACCUGGGACGUAGGCCAGGCUACUUCUCCUUCCUGGAUCCCUUCUCCCCUGGUGUCUGGCUCUUCAUGCUUCUGGCCUACUUGGCUGUCAGCUGCGUCCUCUUUCUGGUGGCCAGAUUGACACCUUAUGAGUGGUACAACCCCCACCCCUGUCUAAAGGGUCGCUGUAACCUGCUGAUCAACCAGUAUUCACUUGGCAACAGUUUCUGGUUCCCUGUUGGAGGCUUUAUGCAGCAAGGAUCCACUAUUGCUCCCAGAGCUCUGUCCACACGUUGUGUCAGCGGAGUGUGGUUAGUAUCGGCUACAGAGGCAUACAAACAUCAGUGCAUUUGCAUGUUUUCGGCUUUCCACUCAGCUAAAACUUCACUUCCUUUCAUCCCAACCCGACCACUGUCACCUUUAUCCAUUCACACCCACCCAUUCAUGCAUCCACCCACUGAAAAUGCUGCAGUGUCUUCUCCUCUCAGGUGGGCCUUCACAUUAAUCAUCAUUUCAUCCUACACCGCCAACCUGGCUGCCUUCCUUACAGUCCAGAGGAUGGAGGUGCCGAUAGAGUCAGUAGACGACCUGGCAGAUCAGACGGCGAUAGAGUACGGCACCAUGCACGGAGGAUCCACAAUGACCUUCUUCCAGAACUCUCGCUACCAGACCUACCAGCGUAUGUGGAACUUCAUGCACUCAAAACAGCCCAGCGUGUUCGUGAAGAGCACGGAGGAGGGCAUCGCCCGUGUCCUCAACUCCAAUUACGCCUACUUGCUAGAGAGCACCAUGAACGAGUACUAUCGCCAGAGGAACUGCAACCUGACUCAGAUUGGAGGACUGCUGGACACCAAGGGCUAUGGCAUCGGCAUGCCACUGGGUUCAGUGUACCGUGAUGAGUUUGACCUGGCCAUCCUGAAAAUGCAGGAGGACAAUCGUUUGGAGAUCCUCAAGAGGAAGUGGUGGGAUGGUGGCAAGUGUCCAAAGGAGGAGGACCACCGUGCCAAAGGUCUGGGCAUGGAGAACAUCGGCGGCAUCUUCGUGGUGCUGGUGUGUGGCCUGCUGGUGGCUAUCUUCAUGGCAGUGCUGGAGUUUGUCUGGAUGUUAAGACAGGCGCCAGGAAAUGAGCAGUCAGUGUGUGAGGAGAUGCUGCGGGAGCUCCAUGGGAUCGUGCUAUGUCGCGACAGCCUGCAGGUGAGGCGCCGGCGGGCGGCUUUGAUGCUGCGGCCACGACCUUUGCCCCUGGAGGAGCGUCGGGCACGAGCUGCCGCCGUCAGCCUCAGCAACGGCAAGCUGUGCGGGGGCACCGGACUGCCUGAACCCCUCUCCCACAGACUGGCACAGGAGGCUGCCCUAGUUGCGAGGGGGUGCAGCCACAUCCGCAUUUGCCCCGAGUGCCGGCGCUUCCAGGGACUGAGGAUGCGUCCCGCGGGAGCCACUGGGACCCUCCCCUCUCCUACUCACAGUGAGGAGAGCAUAGAGUGGGAUAAGACCACAAAUAGCAGUGAACCUGAAUAACGCCCAGUGAUUCUAACAGGACUGAUUUCCCAGCAGCCACCUCUCUUUCCAGGGAUCAAAGAUCACAUGGUAUUUUGAUUCAGCCAUUUGGAGCUUGAUCUUAAAGGGCAGAACAGUGCUGUGAACCUUGUUUUGCCCAAGAGGCAACAGCCAGUAGUCAGUUUUGGAGUCUCCUUGGGUGAUUUUUUUUCCUUGGUGAUAGGAGAAACUGAUGAGUCUGUCUCAUUGUGGUCUGUCCCUGUUGGCCCUCUGUACUGUGUCAGACAGGACGGACAAAAACAGCUACGGGGCAUUUGUACUAUGCAGUAUUUUCAGUCAUUUAUCAUUGUGCUGUUUCCUUUUUUUUCCCCUUUUUAAAUUAUUUCUGUCCUCUGUUGGAUUAUCAGUACUGAAUAUUGUUAUUCUAUUGUUCUUAAAAAAAAAAACUUCAAACAAGUUCCUUUUUUUAUCUGACAAUUUACUGUAUGAACGUAUAUUGCCUCUGAAGAGCUGCAAAGAUGAACAGACUAAUGCAAGGUCACCCUUCAAAUCCUUUUAUUUUGAAAGUGCCAAAAACCAUGAGUAUUAUCUUGUGGCUGAAGAAAGCACCACAGCCUUGAGAAGACAACAAACUCAACUGAACCUAGAAAACAAACAAACAAACAAACAAACAGAGACGUACAGACACAUGGACUUCUUUUAUAGUAGUGAUAUUCUAUUAAAAAAAUGUUUUAACUGUUGGUAUCUCUGAAAGACAGCGAUGCAUGUCCAGAGGUGUUGGCAGAUGCUCAUCGAGUGAUUAAGUGCUAGAGUGGUGUUGAGUGGCUGGAAGAAUGAUUUCCUGUUUUGAAUACCUGCUUAAAACCAUGAUGGCUACACACACACAAAGACACCCAUUCAUUUCCUCCCUCCUAUGUGUCUUGACAUUACUUUCUUCUCCAUCUGUCCCACAUCUUUGACACAUUUGUUGUCUCAUCACCUCCUUUUCACGAUAUCUCUCUUAAAAACAUACAUACAGUCUCCUGUGCCGUAUACACUCUUUGUAAGAGAUGAGAGGUAUGUUCAAGAGUGACUGAGCUUUCACAAGGACGUGCCAGAGCGUGAAUGAAACCCAGCUCCAACCCAACAGAUGUCCCUGGUAAAGCAAAAGUGCAUUUUUUUUUUUAUCCGCAGUUGAUUUGAAUUCUUUUCAAAUGUCAAGGCAGUUCAAACUUUUUGACUGAAUGUGAUGUUUUACACACUGCUUAGAGGAGUUUUUUAUUUCACAUUAGCCGAGAUGCUCUCUGACAUUUUCUACUUUUAUUUCUGCAAAAACCCAAACUUAGUCUUAAAAUAUAUCUUCACCAGGGGCUGUAUUCACAAAGCCUCCUAGUGCUAAGAGUUCCUCUAAGUGACGAAAUUCUAAGAAAAUUCUUAGAGUCGUGAUGUUUUCUUAGAAUUUCCCCUUAGAAUUCAGAUUAGGUCCAUGUAAAGAUUAAAGUUAUUCACAGAGCAUCUUCGACCUUAAAAGAGUCCCUAAGGUGAAAAACUGUGAGGAGCAGGGAGGAGGACUUUUAAGAGAUUUUAAGAAUUUCUUACGCAGAGGAGAAAAUGGUGGAAAGACAAAGAGAUCGGAGAAAUAUUCUCCGAAGACUGGAUAACAACGAGUUAAUGAAAUGCUACAGAUUAGUGCAGGGGUAAUGUUUGUGGUCGAUCUCAUUAGAGAUACGCACACACUUCCCACUUAACACUAUAAUGCCAGAAAUAAAUAUUUAGUUCAAUAUUAAGAUAUUUUAAAAAGUGGGAAAAUGCACCGUUGCAGUAGUGAUGACUUGGGUCUGUCUAAAUCUUCCAUCAGCAGAGAGAUCACACCAGCAAUGACAACACUUUUACAGUCUCAUAUUGUGGUGCAGUUCAUUUCAUUUCCACUGGGUGUCCACAUCUUGUAGGCUCCCAAAAGGGCGUGUCUUGUGACAACCAAUCACACCUGUUAAAAGAAUGCAUCACCUCACAAAUGUUUUUGUCCCUUCUUUGCUCAGAGUUGUUCUGAGAACUAUCCUAAAUCACUCCAAAGCUGGGAAUCCUUACUAAAAAUGUCUAGGUUAAGUGAGGAGCUCUCUGAGAUUGUUUUUCUUAAAAUGUUUGUGAAUACAGCCCAAGGUCUUAAGGGACAGUUCACCACAAAAUCAAAAAUCCAUAUUUUCCCUCUUACCCUGUAGUGCUAUGUAUCAGCUGAGACUGUUUUGGUGUGAGUUACUGAGUGCUGGAGAUGUCAGCCUUCUCUUUAAUAUAAUGGAACAAGAUGGCACUUGGCUUGUAGGGCUCAAAGCGCCAAUGUCUCUUUCCAGAAAUCA